CCAGUCUCUCUCUCUUUUAGUUCAGUCUCCUCUCUUUCACUCUCUGUAACUCCAUCGAUCUCAAACUCUGAAACCCUAACUUUCAAUCUCUUCUCUUUCUCUAUUUUCUUAUCCUCUCUGAUUUGCCAAGUCCCUGAUUUCCCCCAAAUCAAAAUGGCGAGGAGAUCCGGAGUUUUGCUACGCCAAUUGCUCGGAAAUCAAACCAAUCCAGCCCUUCUUCACCAUCAAAACCUAACCCUAAAUUCACUUCCUUCCGCCGCCAAAUCCUUCUCCACCUUCCCGCUCGAUUUUCACUACGAAGACGUACUGCGUCAGGAUAUGCUGCUCAAGAUGAACUACGAUAACGUCAUGCAAGUUCCCCGCCUCUCCGAGCUGAAGCUUCUCUCGAAGUCGCCGGAGAUCGGGAAAAUCGCCAUGGAGAUUUCCGGUGGUCAGAAGUUUCUGACACAGAAGGAUAAGGAUUUGACGGCCAAGGGGUUUAAGAACGCCAAAGGCAAAGAGGUCAGCCACCGAGCUCGGCAGACCACACUCCGGAGAAUCGGAAUGUCUAAUUUCUUGGUGAGAAGCCUGACGGUGAUGUCUCUGUUGUCUUCUCCGGUUCAAAUUCGGAAGAAUUUCAUUCAGUUUUCGAUGGAGACUGAGUUUAUCGAGUCCGCGCCGGAGCUGGAGGAUCAUUUCGAGAUCUUUGAACAUAUUAAAGGCUUCAAUGUGUUUAUUGUCACUUCAGCCAAAACCAAAGAGGAGGCGUCACUGCUGUGGAGUGGCUUUUUGCAAAAGGAUGAGGUAGCUGAUUAGUUAAAACAAAUGUGGCCUAUUGAUUGGAGAGCAUUCAUAAGGAUUCUUGCAUUGAUACAGAGAAGUCACUUUGUUUACUUGAAACUAUGAAGAAGCUGUGGAGUUGUAGUUGAGAGGCUAGUCGUGCUUAGCUUUGUAAGAUUCAGAUGUUGCAGGCUUUUAGCACAGGUCAUGAAAUUUUUAGCUUUACUUAGUUGUCGACUUGAACUUGUUUUUUAACUUCCAAAUAAAUGAUGAAUGAGUUCAGUUGAGUUGAAUCG